AUGUCAUACCUCCCCAGGCAAGCCACUACCCUUACUGGGGGCUGUUAUUGCAAAGCAAUUCGGUACAGCAUCAAUGUUCCCUCGUGGGAAGACCGGCCCACAGUCCCUGGCGCCCUCGAUACCCCCGUGUCAGCCACCGAAACAGUCCAGACUCGGAUGCCCAUGGUAGACAUCGACCACUGUAACAGCUGCCGGAGGCAAGCCGGGUGCCUGGUUCAAUGCUGGUUCAUAGCACCAAUUGACUGGGUCGAGUGGGAUCUCGUCCCCAACGACGGCUCUCAUGGUGACGUCCUUCAUCUGUCCACCUCUGAGGCAGUCGGACCACCCAGUCAGGAUAAGAGAUUGCCUCAGACCUUUGUGUCACGGUUCGGUUGCACAGAGAGAGCCACGCGAUCGUUCUGUUCCCGGUGCGGCACCAACCUUUCGUAUAUCAACCACGAGUACCUGAGCACCCCGAUGGCAUUCGUCGACGUCAGUGUCGGCAGCCUUGACCCCGACUCUCUGAGGAUGGCAAAGGUAGACCGACAUGGAUGGUGGGAAUCUGGGGUUGAUUGGAUCAAGACCCUGCUCAGCAAAGGAGAUGGCGGCUUCAUGAUCAAGCAUCAGACGGGAGACGUGACUCGGUCGGUUGAGGGCUGA